AUGAUGGGCAUAAAAACGGAAGAGCCGUCGGGGCCGAGCGCGCCGGCCGCGAUUCCCGACGGCGACAACGGUUGGGACUACGACGAAGGUGCGGCUCCCGGCCUACUCCCCGAGCCGCAUUUCAUUCAAAGCACCUACAUCUACAGGUGUCCGAAUGAAUUGGAGCGAAAUUUCGCGAAUCGCGUCGUCAACGUGCUGCGGACAAUUCGCGAGAAUCUCGCCAAACACGCUCGGCUCACAAUCGAGAACGAGAACAUCGAGUGCUCGCGUCCAACGGACCAUUAUCGUUGCGCCGAAUACCCGACAACCGGCGCCUACAACUAUCUAAUCAUCGAGGAUGACAAAUCCGGCGCUUCCGUCUACACGUUCGAGCGGAAGUACAACGAGAAAAACGACGAAACCAUCGAGAUGGCGCUUCUCGACGCCUACUCGCGUCACGCUCCGCGAAGCCUCAUCCCGUUUGCCACCGAAGCCGCCGAGAAGCACGUCGGCUAUAUACGGGCAUUGUCCGUCGACGAGUUGGCGACUCUUGGCAAAACGCCAAAACAAAAAUUGCGUCUCGAAAAAUUCGGACCCAACGAGUUGCGACUCAUCGACACCGCACUAUUGGAAGUUCGGACCGGCGAGAAGCUUGGCGUUGGCGUUUCGCCAAAAUUGCUCAAACUCGCGUCUCAACGCGAAUUCGACAAGGCUCUCGAGGCGAACAAACAUUUAUUUGUGCUCUUCUGGAAUUUUAACCGAAUGGUGAGCCUGCACACGUUCGAAUUGUGGUCGAGAGUUGGUGACGCGUUGGCGGCCGAUGAGAGACUCGUGAUGGCGCACGUCGCGUGCCACGAUUCCGCCGAUUUCUGCCAUGGACUGAAUUCAGUCGAUUUUCAGACAAUCGUCGCUUACAGGGACGGUCAGAAUAUUGGAAAAACUGACAACAUUGGCGACGUUCAAUAUUACCUUAAUUGGAUCGAAAUAAUGCUCAACGGCCCGCUAAUCGAGCUGAAAUCGUCGGAUGAGGUGGCGAACGCGAAAAAAGGCAAAAUUCUCGACGCGACGACGUCGUCGCUGACGCUCGGAAUAUUCAGAGGCGACAACGACACGGCGUUUCAGCAUUUUCAAAUUGCCGCCUCGAAAUUGGCCGGCAAAUACUAUUUGUGCUAUCAUUUCGCCGACGAAACGCCGAGUUUGAACACCUAUCGGCCAAAUGAGAAGCAGAAGCGCGCCAAUUAUGACGGCAAAUUCGAUCCGGCGACGAUGAUGGCGUUCAUCACGCAAUCAAGCCUUCCAAAUAUGAUUGACAUCUCGCACGGCUUCACCACCGACGUGUUGCUACGUCGAAAACACACGAUUUUGAUUGAGAUCGCGCCGAGAUCCGGCGAAAACGAGCAUUUUGCGAAGUUGGCCGCUCGCCAAAACCUCAAAUCGCGUUUCGUGUUCACACGGCUGACCGUCGAGCCCGCCGUUCGCGAUGUUGUCGAAGCGUUGGGAUUGGAGUUCGAUGAGCAAAUGGUGACGUUGGUGGCGUUGAACAAGGAUCGCGUCCACAAAAUCGACAUCGCGAAUGCCUAUUGCGCCGAUCAUCUUCUCAAACUCAUCGAAGCCACCGCUGACGCCGAGCCCUACAAUGUGAUAUCGACGAAGCGCGCGCAUCCGUUGCGAAUUUUGCAGAAACGACAAGUCGAUGAGAUUUUCGGCCACCAAGACUCCAUCAUAUUGCCCGAUCACACGCUAUUCUUGGAUUCCGACCCGUUCGCGCCUCGUCCAACUCGCCACGAUGAAGCUGGAGGAUGUCCGUUCAUGCGAGGUCAAACUCAAGAAGCCUCAUUGCACGAUGAACUCUAG